AUGAAUGUUCCCAUCACCACUGGCGCCAACAUCUCAGUCAGCUCUCUGGCCAUUGGCGACCAAGGCUCCGGCCCUGGCUCUUCUGAACUAUCCACACCGUCGCCGUCAUCAUUACCCAAGGUGACGGCCUCGCAAUCGCCCGAACACGCACACCGACUAGCCGAAGUGACGUCCCGAGCCACUCUCACCGACCCACUGAACAUUCUGUUCCAGCAAGACAAAACGGGCUCUGCGACGCCUCCGACACCCAAUCUGCUCUACAAGGCAGCCAAAGGGCGCAUGGACACCAAGAUCGCCGCCGGCUCGUUCAUCGUCGAAGCGGGCGACUUCGCCGCCGUCGCGUGCUGGGAGCCUCCGUCUGCAACUCCGCCGCCGUUGACUGGCGAACAGUUAGACCGGCUGGAGCACGAGAAGCCUAUCUUUGGGCAGUUCAUUCGAGACGUCGAGCGAAUUCGGCAGGCAUGUUUGGGUCCGGAUCAACAACAGUAUUGGACUCUUUCGUUGAUGGCUCGGGAUCCCGAGCGGAAGACGAAAGGCGCCGUCAGGGCGGUGAUUCAGCCGUACGUUGCCCGGGCGAAGCAGGAAAAGAUGCCCAUCUGGCUGGUGGCGGGGAAUGCGAGGGCGAGAGAUGUCUAUGCGUAUUUCGGCUUUCGUGUCGUUGACACGAUCUGGUCGUAUUCGAAGGAAAAGGGUGAUGGGGAUGAGAGGGCUGAAGGGGUCCCGAGUUGGUGUAUGGUGUGUAAUUGGCCGCCAGAGUAG